AUGGAUCAUAGAAAACAAGUUAGAAGUUGGUUUCUUUCAUUACCACCAGAAGAUCUUUGUUUUGUUUUGACAGAUUUCAAUAAGGAGGAAUGUGAUAAACUGAGGGCGAUGUACUUGAAAUGUAAGAAUCAAGGUCAUGGAUUCUUCCUACCGAUGGACGAUGACUUUGGACCAAACAUCCCUGGACUAUCGUUCAUCGACCAACAACUCAAGAAGCACAUCAAACCCGAUCUCUCCAACCCACUACGCAAUCUACAAUUCAAAACGAGAUCAUCACUGGAGUCAUCACUCGGUUUAUUCUUCUUUCCAAAGAUAGUAGGUGAUGCCGAACAAAAAAUCAUUGAUUUGGUUAGAUUGUGUGAUACCACUAGUUAUCUUGAUACAUUCACGGUGGAGUCGAAUGGCAUUACCAAUAGCGAGUUGUUGGAGUUGUUGACGACACUGACGCAGGGUGGAUUCCUCUCGGUGUUCUGUCCGAUGGUCUACGAGAGUGCAGUCAAGGAGUAUCGUUGCGCCACUCCCAAUUGGUUCAUAUCGAAAGGUUACUUCACUCUAGGUGAAUAUAUAUCUGCACUUUUCGAGAAGCUGAUAUGGACGAGCUAUUGUAAGCAAUUUGGUAUCGAGCCAUCGACAAACAACAGCAAUAACAAUAAUAGUAAUUGUAUAAUGUCGACAUUAUCUAAUGCAACAUCAACAACAGCUACAACUACAACUACAUCAACAUCUUCAGCAACAUCAUCAACAACAACAACAAUACCACCAAUUGAUAAUAGUAAUAUUAGUAUUAGUAUACUGAGGAAGAAAGACAAGACAAUUGCAAUGGAUAGUAGAAAACGUAGAUUAAAGAACUUUUGGAAUGGUUUGUCACGUGUGGAACGUGAGCGAUACGCUGCCAGCAAGCUAAACAACAGUUUAAACUCUAUAUUUCAAACACUACGUCAUGAAUCGAAUGAACAUGAAGUUGACUACCUCGAACAACUAGAUAUCCUAUUAAACAUAUUAAAAGAUACUUUAAUUGCGUCAAUUGAAAUUGAUAAUAUUUCAUUAUUAAAUAAUAACAAUAAUACUAGUUCUAAUAGUAAUAACAAUAAUAAUAAUAAUACUAGUGCUAAUAACAACAAUAAUAAUACAAAUAACAACAAUAACAAUAACAACACUAAUAAUAAUAAUAGUAGCAGUAGUAAUAGUGGUAAUAAACAAUUAAGUAAAUCAACAAAUACAACAAAGAAAUCAAGUGGAAGUAGUUUAAAGCUUGGAAGUAGUAGUGGUUCGACUUCUAAUACAUCUAAUAAUAGUAAUAGUGGUAGUGGUAGCAAUAACAACAACAAUAAUAAUAAUGCAGAUCAACAUGAAACAAGAUCAAUGUCAUCGGUAUAUGAUGAUAUGUCAUCGAUAAAGACAAUCUUUGAAGAAGCACUGACACAGAAUCCUAUACAAUUUAUAGAGUUUCUUUGUUUUUCACCACUGGAAAGAGCAGGUUCAGCAAUAGAUAUUCUAGUAAGAGAGAUUGGUGCACAACUUCAAAACUAUUAUAUCGAUAAGGAAGCUAUGGAUCUGAUUAGUAGUGAGGAGCGUUUGAAAAAGAAAAAGUCAUCGGUUUCAUCGAGUGGACAACUUACACCGACAAAGAAAAAGAAGAAGAAAUCCGUAAAAGACAGUGGUAGUGGUAGUAGAGAUGAUACUUCGACAUCUGGUGGUGGUGGCGGCAGAAGUGGUGGUGGAUCCGGCAGAAAGAAACGCAAGAAGAAAUCAGAUUACAUUAAUGCCAAUAGAGAACGUACUAUGAAACAUCAUAUUCAUGUCAAUUCCGCCACUACCGAGGAUAAUGCAUCGUCAAACUCUGACACUGAGAAAGAGACUAUCCAGACGAGACCACGUAGACAUUCACUGCCGAUGGAGGUGGAGUCUGUCAAAGGUGUUGGUGUUGCAAUUGACUCGACCACCGAAGACGAAGAUGGAAUGCUAUGGCUUGGUUCCGAAGGUGAUAUAGACGAUCACCCAAUGAAUCAUUCUCGCUAUUCAACUCGUUCCAUCAUCGGCAAUGCCGGCUCGCCAAGUGGAAGUACAAGUAGUAGUAGUAGCAGUAGUGGUAAUAAUAACAAUAACAACAAUAAUAACAAUAGUGGUAAUAACAAUAACAAUAACAACACAACCACCAAUAAUAAUAACAACUCUACUCGUGUUAGUGGAGAAUGGGAGGAUCUACCAUUAAUGGCAGUAUCUCCAAUAUCAAUGUGCCAUCUUCACCUAAACAGACCAACUAAAACAUCGAUGCUCUUAAAGUCUUCUUCUGCCUCUGAUGUCAGAUCAACACCUCAAUCACCAAAGAAAUUAAACAUCUUGACAAGCUACAGCAACAAUAAUAAUACCACUACAUCAACUAGCUCAACCACUUCCACUACAUCAACAACAACAACAACAACAAACACUUCAUCAAAUCAACAACAACAACAACAACAACAACAAUGUACAUAUAAACAACCUAAACCAACUAGAUCAUAUAUUCAACAAAACGGUUCAUCAAAUGUAAUGUUCCCACAAAGAUCAUCUUCUGCAGGUCAACCAACUACCACAUCAACACCAUUGUUAUCGGUCAAGUUAUCUCAGCCAACAACAACUCCAACUUCAACACCAACCACAACAUCAACAACAAUAGUAACAGGAACACUACCACCAAAGGCAGCGACUUCAACAACAACAACAUCAUCAUCAUCUAGUCAAUCAACUCCAACAUCAACAACACCAAAACCAUCACCUCCUCCCAUUCUACUACCUUCCAAUCAAUUACAACCGAGUCAAUAUAGCAAUCAACAUCCACCACAUCAUCCACAUCAUUUCCAUCAGGCCAAUGAAUGGAGACCAACCAGCACAACCACCUCUAACAAUAACAAUAACAACAACAACUCUGUUUCCUCCAAUCCAAUCAAACUGAAACCUAAUCCUUAUCUCCAAGAUGCCAAGCAACAGAAUGCAUGGAACGAACCAAUCAUCGAUGAAAUAAUGCAAAAGGAAGAAAAGGAAAAAGAAAAAGCAGAACGAGUUCAGGAAACACCAAAUUCACAACAGCAAAACCAAGCAACCCAACAGCAACAACAGCAACAACAACCACAUCAACAAACCGAACAACAACUUCAGGUGGUAGACCGCUACAAGGAAUGGAGACACAACAAACUGUUCAAUUGGAUUCAAAUGUCCAAACAGAACCAACAACAACUCCCGGUGCAUUGGCAACCGUGGGACGAUCCACCACUUCCAUACCCACACCCGCUCUUCUCGAUUCGUCUGCACCAAGAGAUACUUGACUUUGUCUCUGAUGUAGGUGAGCGUACCUAUCCACACGUUCAAAACUGUCAUCAAGUGAUAGAGAUGAUUCGUACUGUCGUCAAGAGACUCUGGCCCAAUGCAGAGUUGGAAAUCUACGGUUCUUUCUACACAGGGCUGUGGCUGCCGUCGAGUGAUGUCGACAUCGUAGUAAACUACGGUAAGAACAUGUCGAUCCGUUCAAAGAAUGCACAGUUCCUGUUGGAGGUCUUGGAGAAACAGAUUCGACACGAUCUCAAUAACUUUAUUCUCACUAUGAUGUGUAUUCCAUCCGCCAGAAUUCCCGUGAUUAAACUUGUAACCAAAAACAAUAUUGCCGUUGACAUUUCCUUUAGAGAGUCACCCACUUCCCCUCACACUGGAAUUGCAGCACGCAAUUUAGUAUCGGAGAACGUAGAAACAUUGGUAGGUCUGUACCCACUGGCAAUCGUAUUGAAAUGGUUCCUCAGAGAGCGAGGAUUGAAUAACACCUAUAGCGGUGGUUUAAGUUCCUAUUGUCUUGUACUCAUGUUGAUUAGUUUCCUAAAGAACAAUGAACAUUGUCCAAAGAAAAUACAACAACAACAACAGCAACAACAACAACAACAACAAGAAGCAGUGGUAUCAUCAACAACAACAACAACGACAACAUCAAUAUCAACAACAAAACAAAUGAAUGGAAAUCAUUCAAAUAUAAAUAAUAAUAAUAAUAAUAACAAUAACAAUAGCAAUAAUAAUAAUAAUCAACCAACAUUGUUUGCUAAACCAUGUAAAUGUGAUUACACUGAUCAUGUCUCUGGACUAAAUAUUGGCUGUGCUCUGAUGAGAUUCUUGGAGUACUACGGUGUCAAUUUCAACUAUCAAAAGACAGGUAUCUCAAUUGAAGAAUCAAAGUAUACAUUCCCAUUAGAUGAUCUAUUGACAACUACGGACAGCACCAAUAGCAGCAACAACCAAGAAAAGAUAACAAGAGACUUUUCCACCUAUCUCUAUGUGAGUGAUCCAUUUGCACCAGGUAAAAAUGUAGCUGCCGGUUCAUUCAAUUUCGGUCGUGUCAAAGCUGCUUUUCAAUAUGCAUUCGUCACCCUUAGCAACGCGUCGAUGAACGAAUCAUCCGGCGAAAAAGAUGCUAUUCUUUCAAAGAUUAUGAUGCCAGACAAACAAUAUUGA